AUGGAGCAAGGGAACAAAACCUGGGAAUCUGAAUUUAUCCUGUUGGGCUUGUCCAACCAACGAGGCAUCCAGGAGGAUAUGUUUGUUCUCUUCCUGACCAUGUACCUGGUGACUCUGGCUGGGAAUCUGGCUAUUGUAACAGUGAUAAUAAUAGACUCACACCUGCACACACCCAUGUAUUACUUUCUGAGCCACCUGGCCUUCCUGGAUAUUUGCUACACAACCACCAUCAUCCCACAAAUGCUGGCCAGCUUCUUGGUGGAGCACAAAACUAUCUCCUUUGCAGGCUGUGUGUUGCAAAUGUUUAUUUCCCUCUUCUUGGGUGGGGUAGAGUUCAUCCUGCUGGCCGUCAUGGCAUAUGACCGAUACGUGGCCAUUUGCCAUCCACUGCGGUAUGCCAACAUUAUGAGUAAUCACCUGUGUGCUUGGAUGGCAGCAGGGUCCUGGCUCAGUGGGUCCCUGAAUGCUGUGGUACAGACUGCAUUCACCUUGCAAUUGCCUUUCUGUGGCAUCAAUGCCAUUAACCAUUUUGGAUGUGAGAUCCUAACAGUGCAGCAGCUGACCUGCCCCAACUCCUCUGUCAAUGAUGUUACCAUGCUGGUAGCUGGUGUCCUUAUCCUACUCAUCCCAUUCUUCCUGGUGAUGGUGUCCUACAUCCACAUCCUCUCUGCCAUCCUGCAGAUCCGCACUGCAGAAGGACGCCGGAAGGCCUUCUCCACUUGCACGGCACAUCUGACAGUGGUCACUUUGUGCUAUGGGACAGCCAUCUUUGCCUACUUGCGACCCAGGUCCUACUACUCACCCCAGCAAGGCAAGAUGAUUUCACUGUUCUACUGUGUGGUCACCCCUAUGCUCAACCCCCUGAUAUACAGCCUAAGGAACCAGGAGGUGAAAGGUGCUCUGAUAAAAGCAAUGGGAAGGAAGAGCCUCUUAAAUAAGCACACAAGCCAUCAUUGA